UCUUCUCUCGUUUUACCUCCACACACUUCAUCAUCCGCUCAAGUCGCUGUCAAUCACCGACACGUCGCCUUGAUUGGAACUUUUUCCUGAUUAUGUAGCUGUGUGUGUGUGUGUGUGUGUGUGUGUGUGUGUGACACGCAGCGCUGCCCUGACAGGACUGUUGUGAAAGUGUCGAGCUCUGAGCAAGAAUGCAGUGACAGGUCUGGACCUGAACUUCCGCAUUUAGCAAGAAGAAAUCAAGUCAAAGUGAGAGAGAGAGACAGAGAGAGAGACAGAUGCAGUUCACACCAACACACUCAUCGCACAUGAGGUGUUUGGGGAAACUUUUUAUAUUAGACUGGUUAUUAAAAAAGGUUCACGUGGUGGAUCCGGUGUCCAUGAAGCCGUUAACCCUGAAACUGACUUAAAGGACUAAAACAUUUGAAAAAAGAUGGAUGACAUUGAUGCCAUGUUCAGCGACCUGCUGGGGGAGAUGGACCUCCUCACUCAGAGUCUGGAACAGGACACGGCACCUCCAGUGUCUCUUCCCCCGCCCACCAACACGGAAGCUAACUUCUCCUUUGGCUUCACUGACCUGAACGAGUCCUUACAUGAACUUGAGGACAAUGACUUGGAUGCGCUCAUGGCUGAUUUGGUCGCUGACCUCGAUGCGACUGAAAAGAAGCUGGCGGCAGACAUAGAAGGUCUGAAGGUGCCUUCACCACCACCACCACCUAAAGGCGAGAGCCUCCUCCCUUCCUCUCCGCUCGAUUACUCUGCAUCACCAGCGAGCAGCACGAGCAGCAGUGUUUGCACCCCGUCCUCCUCUGCUGCGUCCCCUUUACCACCUCCGCCUCCUCAGUCUACAAAGCCGACAAAGGAAGAAAUCGAGGCACAGAUGAAAGCAGACAAAAUCAAACUUGCUCUCGAGAAGCUCAAAGAGGCUAAAGUGAAAAAGUUGGUGGUGAAGGUGCUCAUGAACGACGGCAGCUCCAAGACGCUGAUGGUCGACGAGCGGCAGAACGUCAGGGAAGUUCUGGACAACCUGUUUGAGAAGACUCACUGUGACUGCAACGUGGACUGGAGCCUGUGCGAAACCAACCCUGAGCUGCAGCUUGAGCGGACGUUUGAAGACCACGAGAACCUCGUGGAGCCGCUCUUAGCGUGGACGAGGGACACCGAGAACAAAAUCCUCUUCAAAGAGUGCGGCCAGAAAUACGCGGUUUUCAAAAACCCACAGAACUUUUAUCUGUGGAAGAAGGACAAGAAAACUCUCAAAGACAUGAAAGACAAAGACAAGGAGAUAUUAAUAGAGGAGAACUUCUGCGGGACUUCCAUCAUCGUUCCCGACCUGGAGGCGGUGCUACACCUCAAAGAAGAUGGCAAGAAGUCCUGGAAGCAGAGGCUCUUCCAGCUGAGGGCCUCGGGGAUUUAUUAUGUGCCCAAAGGGAAGACCAAGUCGUCCCGUGACCUUGUUUGCUUCCUCCAGUUUGACAACGUGAACGUGUACUACGCCAAAGACUUCAGGAGUAAACACAAGGCUCCAACUGACUUCUGCUUUGUCCUGAAGCAUCCUCAGAUCCAGAAGGACUCUCAGUACAUCAAGUACCUGUGCUGUGAUGACGCUUGGACCAUGAACCUGUGGGUGACGGGAAUAAGGAUCGCAAAGUAUGGAGCUUCGUUGUACAAAAACUUUAAAACUGCGGAGAAGAAAGCGGUCGUCAACUCUGCGUGGACGAACCGAAGUGUCACGUCCAGCUCCAGCGAGUCAACGCCCUCACCCACCAUCAAAGCCAAAGCAAAUGGUCACGCUCCCAAGCCCCAACCUGAACCUGUGUUCAAGGAUGUUGGAACCUGCCCGCCUCCUCCUCCGCCGCCUCCUUCUCCACCAUUGACUGGAAUCCUCCCACCACCUCCUUCAGACCCAGCGUUUCCUCCUCCACCGCCUCCUCUCGCUGCCAAGAGUUCCUCCAAAGCUGCUGCACGGCAGCAACACCUGUCCACCAACUUCCCUCCACCUCCACCUGCGAUGGACCUCCCUCCUCCACCCCCACCUCCACCCAUGGACGAGUCAUCCGACACUCCACCAGACUUCCUCCCGCCGCCUCCUCCAGCCAUGGGUUCACUACCUCCUCCUCCUCCUUCUCUGCUGUCGGCCAACUCUCUACCACCUCCACCACCUCCUUGUUUCAAAGGCGUGGGCCAGUCUCUGCCUCCGCCACCACCAGACCCGGGCUUUUUACCGCCACUUCCUCCACCUGAGUCAGUCUUCGUAGCGACUGGGGCGCCGCCUCCACCGCCGCCGCCUCCUCCGCCACCUGCUGCCGCUGCUCGUGCCCCUGCCCCAAGAGCACCGGUGCGGGCGUCGGGGUCAGUGAAGAAGAUGCCUCCUAUGCCACCAAAGAGGACUACACCUUCACUGCGUGGAGGUGGUGGAGGAGGAGGAGGAGAUGGUGACUUGAUGUCAGAACUGAUGGUCGCCAUGAUGAAGAAACGUAGCAAUCCUUAGCCUGAGGAGAACGUGGACUUUGAGUGCGGUACGAACUCUCAGCUACAUCGACAAGCUUUUAAGGUGCAGUCUGUGACAUUUAGCAACUUUACUGGUGAAAAAUCUCUGGAAAAAAACACAGUAAUUCAUACAAUCAGGUGAUUGUACACUUAAAGAAAUAUAUUUAUAUAUCUAAAUUUAGGAGGGUUUAUGGACUGAAUUUGAAAAAAGUUACCCAGAGUAUACUAACUGUUUUGAUAGUCGGUUAAUCUGUCGAUUAUUUUCUCGAUUAUUGGAGUAAUUGUUUGGUUUAGAAAAUGUUGAAAAAUGUUGAUCGGGAGUUUUCCCAACAAACCAAAAUGAUUCAGUCUUAAUGAUUUCCGUGUCAAAGGAAGCAAUGAAGCCAGAAAAUAAGAAAAAGCUAGUAGUAGCAAUAGUAGUCAUGUUUGCCGAUAUCCCAUAAUACAUUUUAAAGCCAAAAUUGGCGAUGGCAAUGUUAAUGAUAAUUUUGUGCGUAACCUCCAUGUAGAGUCGUGAAUUAGUGUUUUGUUUUUUGUUUUUUGGACAUCCCUUUUUGGUACGUGACGGCCACCGUAGACCCCCUGCCCCCCCCGAGUUAGUUUAAAGAUUAAUUUUUGUAAAGUGUUAAAAGCAAAAACCAUGAUCUCUGUCUCACACACACUCAUUAGCAGCUGUUGUAAGUAAACAAUGUUUUUUGUUGGUUUCUGUUGACUUCUGGUGACUGUAAAUAUUGUCACGGAAAAAGCCAGUUAUGUCUUAUUUUUAAAUGAUUGUGACCUGAAUAAAAACCCUCCCUAAAUGA